AUGGCUUCCACGGCGCCUCCGAUCCUCCCGAUCUCCAAUUCCCAAACCGUUCCAUCCGCCGCUCCUUCCUCCGUCGAAUCCCAGACACCGAUCGCUACUCCCGCCUUCCGCGCCUUCAUCAACCAGAUCUCGGAAACCGUCAGAAACGGCCUCUCCCAGCGCCGUCCCUGGGCUGAGCUCGCGGAUCGAUCGGCAUUGUCCAAACCGGAGUCGAUCUCCGACGCCUCCGUCCGGAUCCGCAAGAAUUACUCGUAUUUCAAGGUCAAUUACCUCACCGUCGCGACGGCGAUCGUCGGGUUCUCUCUCGUGACGCAUCCUUUCUCUCUCGUGUUCCUCCUCUGUCUCCUCGCGUCCUGGCUGUUCCUCUACCUCUUCCGUCCUUCUGAUCAGCCGAUCGUCAUCCUCGGCCGUACGUUCUCCGAUCGGGAGACGCUCGGGUGCUUGAUCCUGUUCAGCAUCUUCGUGAUUUUCCUCACCGACGUCGGAUCUGUUCUUGUGUCGGCUAUGAUGGUUGGAGUCGCGUUGAUCUGUGCGCACGGCGCGUUUAGAGCUCCGGAAGAUCUUUUCUUAGACGAGCAAGAGCCAGCUGCCACCGGAUUCCUCUCUUUCCUCGGCGGCGCCGCCUCAUCUACCGCGCCAGCUGUCAUUGCCGCUCGCGGGUAG